AAAACCAGGAAGGGAAGCUAAGUGGCGUCUGGAAUAAACCUUGGAUGUGAGGCAGGAUUCAGGUCUUGGAUGAUGUGCUGGGAGCACACAGAGGCAUGAACAUCAAAUAUGCAGGAAGCAGCCGUUGUCCUGCUUCUCCUGGGUGCCCUAUCAGCAGGAGACGCACUACACCUAAUCCACUUACCUGCCACAGGCAACGUGGCCGAGAAUUCUCCACCUGAGACUUCAGUGCACAAGUUUUCUGUGAAAUUAUCAGCAUCACUGUCACCUGUGAUCCCAGGUUUUCCCAUGAUAAUCAACUCAAAUCCCUUAACUGAGGCCUUCAGGGUGAAUUGGCUGUCAGGCACUGACUUUGAGGUUGUCACCACUGAGAAGGAACUAGAUUUUGAAACAGGACCGAACAUAUUUGAUUUGCAGAUUUAUGUUAAGGAUAAGGUUGGUGUCACAGACCUGCAGAUCCUGACUGUCCAGGUAACAGAUGUGAACGAACCACCUCAGUUUCAAGGCAACUUGGCGAAAGGUCUAGACCUCUACAUAGUAGAAGGAACAAAUCCUGGAUUCAUUUACCAGAUUGAGGCUUUCGAUCCAGAAGAUACAAGUCGGAACAUACCCCUCAGUUAUUUCCUGGUUUCUCCCUCAAAGAGCUUCAGAAUGUCUGCUAAUGGUACCCUCUUCUCCACAACAGAACUGGACUUUGAGGCAGGAAACAGCAGUUUCCAUUUCAUUGUGGAAGUGAGGGACAGCGGAGGCCUCAAAGCCUCCACAGCACUCCGGGUGAACAUUGUGAACCUCAACGAUGAAAUCCCUCGCUUCACCAGCGCAAGGCGAGUGUACAUGAUUCCAGAGGAGCUAAGUCCAGGAACCAUUGUGGCCAAUAUCACAGCUGAGGAUCCCGAUGGCGGCGGUUUCCCCAGUGACCUCCUCUACAGCCUCACUACUGUUAGCAACUAUUUCAUGAUAAAUCAGCUGACUGGUACAAUCCAAGUUGCCCGGAGGAUAGACCGAGAUGCAGGUGAAUUAAGACAAAAUCCCACAAUUUCUCUGGAAGUUUUGGUGAAGGAUAGACCCUACGGGGGUCAAGAGAAUCGUAUCCAGAUAACCUUCAUUGUGGAAGACAUCAAUGACAACCCUGCUACAUGCAGAAAGUUCACCUUCAGCAUUAUAGUGCCUGAAAGAACAGCCAAUGGGACAUUGCUUCUUGACCUGAACAAGUUCUGCUUUGAUGAGGACAGCGAGGCACCAAACAACAGAUUCAACUUCACCACGCCAUCUGGAGUGGGAAGCAGUGGCAGAUUUUUACAGGAUCCAGCUGGCUCUGGGAAAAUUGUGCUGGUUGGUGAUCUGGAUUAUGAAAAUCCCAAUAACCUAGCAGCUGGCAACAGAUACACGGUGAUAACCCAGGUGCAAGAUGUUGCUCCUCCUUACUAUAAAGAUAGCAUCUACAUUCAUAUCCUGACAAGCCCCGAGAAUGAGUUUCCUCUUACUUUUGAUAGGCCAUCCUACGUAUUUGAUGUGUCAGAAACAAGACCCGCUAGAACCCCCGUGGGACAGGUGCGAGCGACAGAUAAAGACUUCCCCCAGAGCAGCACUGUGUACUCCAUCUCCGCCGGAGGGGCCAGUCUCCAGUACCCGAGCAUAUUUUGGAUGAAUCCCAAGACGGGAGAACUCCAGCUAGUAACUAAAGCGGACUAUGAAACAACCCCCAUCCAUAUUCUCAGUAUCCAGGCCACCAACAACGAGGACACCAGCUCAGUCACUGUCACUGUGAAUAUCCUUGAAGAAAAUGACGAAAAGCCAAUUUGUACCCCAAACUUGUAUUUCCUGACCAUCCCAGUGGAUCUGAAAGUUGGCACAAAUAUUCAAAACUUCAAGCUGACGUGUACUGACCUUGAUUCCAGCCCCAGAUCUUUUCGUUAUUCUAUUGGCCCAGGCAACAUCAACAGUCAUUUCACCUUCUCUCCCAAUGCUGGAUCCAACGUCACACGCCUGUUGCUUGCGUCUCGCUUUGACUAUGCUGGUGGGCUUGAUAAGAUCUGGGACUACAAACUGCUUGUCUACAUAACUGAUGACAACUUGCUGUCCGGCAGGAAGAAAGCUGAGGCCCUUGUUGAAACAGGAACAGUGACACUGAGUAUUAAAGUCAUUCCCCACCCAACCACAAUCAUCACCACAACCUCCAGGCCUAGGAUCACCUACCAGGUCCUGAAGAAAAACGUGUAUUCUUCUUCAGCGUGGUAUGUGCCUUUUGUCGUCUCUUUGGGCUCCAUAUUGCUUCUGGGCCUCCUGGUGUCCCUGGUUGUUCUGUUGGUCAAAGCCAUCUACAGACACUGUUCCUGCAAGACCGAGAAGGACAAGAAACCUCUGGCAAAGAAAGAAGAAACGAAGAGUGCAGAGAGAGAGGUUAUGGUGGAAACUAUCCAGAUAAACACUGUCUUUGAUGGAGAAGCCGUAGAUCCAGUGACUGGGGCAAUAUAUGAGUUCAACUCAAACACUGGAGCCAGAAAGUGGAAAGAGCCAUUCACUCAAAGGCCAACAAGAAAAGAGCCUGCCCCGCGCCCAGUCGCUGCUGGGGAUGGGACUGGGCUGCUGAGAAGUACCAACGAGGAAGAGCACAGACUGCGUGGCAGAGUGCAGGGUGAGGAUCCAGGCUUUGGUUGCAGAAAUGAGGGCGGCAAGCCCGUGAACUUUCGGGAACAGUCCUGGUGGGGCAGAGUGGACAAAGCCAGCCUGGGUGACUGCUCCAGCUUUCAGCUCCUCGGGAGCCUCUUGGAGUCUUUGCAAGUACCAAACUGGGAACUUCAGACUUCAGACAAGAAUCCUUCAAACCUGGGAGCUUUGCAACAUUCAGACAGUGCCUGCGGAUCUUCUCUGCCUGAGGACCACAAGCAGCCCCUGUGGUCCUACAUGAACGGGGAGGAGGAAGGGAAUGCAGCCCCACAUUGUAGGCCUCGCUCCCCCCCCCCCAGGACGGAUGAUGGAAUGGAGACACAGGCUUGCUUCAAUCUUCUUGCUUGCCUGUAG